AUGCAACUCACUCAUUUGACUGCCGCCCUUCUUCUCUCCGGAGCCUACGCGGCAGUUGCACCGGAAGGUCCUGCGCCCACUGAGAUCCCAGGCGGUUGCAACCCAGCGCACCCUGGUAGCUGUCCUGAGACCGCCACCGAGAUCCCCGGUGGUGGUUGCAAUCCUGCUCAUCCUGGCAGCUGCCCUACCCCAACUGAAAUUCCCGGCGGUUGCAACCCAGCACACCCCGGUAGCUGCCCUACUCCUACUGACAUCCCCGGAGGCUGCAACCCAGCUCACCCGGGAAGCUGUCCCGAAUCUACCGAAAUUCCGGGCGGACUGGGCUGCAACCCAGCCCAUCCUGGCAGCUGCCCUGAGUCUACCCAAAUCCCCGGUGGAUGCAACCCUGCUCACCCCGGUAGCUGCCCCACUCCAACUGAAAUCCCCGGCGGUUGCAACCCAGCGCACCCUGGCAGCUGCCCUACUCCCACCGGAAUCCCCGGUGGCUGUAACCCCGCCCAUCCUGGAAGCUGCCCUAGCGUGACUGUGGUGUCCGGUAGCUCGACCUACCUCUCUCCCGUUCCCGCCGUGACGCCAUCUGGCUUCAGCAGCGUCGCCGGAAUUCCUGGCGGCUGUAACCCAGCGCACCCCGGAAGCUGCCCCAGCGUGACUGUUGUGUCUGGCAGUUCCACUUACAUGUCGCCUGUGCCUGUCGCGACCUCCUCUGGCAAGUGGUCGGGCAACCUGACUUCCUCCAGCCUUAACCCUCUUUUCACUGGAGCUGCCUCGAACAAUCAGCUCCACUUUGGCGCUCUCCUCACUGGUGUUGUUGCUCUCGCUGCUCGUGCUUUCUUCUAA